UAUUUAGUAAUUUGGGGAUUUUUUUAAAGGGGGUCGGGGGAAUCCCUUAUAAUAGUGGGCUUAUCCCUUAUUUUCACAUACGAAUGUUGACAGGCAUGCAUGCGUGCCGGUCCGUUUUUUUUUUUUUUAUGUUUUCAUGAGUAUGGAGAUUUUUAUUUAUUUAUUUUUUAAAUGAGAGUUGCUUCAUUUAUAAAAAUACCUGUGCACAUUUGGACAUGGCCUACCCCUUUUUUACACAGGAACUAAUGCUUAACAGUAAAGAUACAAAUUGUACCUCUUUCCAAUAGGGAAAACCACCAACAAUCAAGAAUGCAUGAUCAUAUGCUGUCAUGGCUUUGCAAUCAAUCAAUGUAAUUAUAAUGUAAGUCAAUGGGGCGAAAACAGCCACAAACAUAAUGAAUGGGUAGUCGAUUUGCAUUUAUUGUUGAGAUUUUGAAAGUUUUAAAAGCAAUUUUCUUAAUAUGUGUCAAAAUAAGAUUUGCCACCAAAAUAUAUCCAUCUGCUGAAACGGAGAAAGUUGUGGCCAAACAAAGACUUCAAAUCAGAGUGGAUGAAAACAUCCCCAACAGCACCCAAGGGUUAAAUCAUCUGAAAGUGACUGUUCUCAAUGUGUUGUGCUUCAUUAAUCCUCUCUCUGGGCUUUGUUUUGUCCAGUAAUGACUGGUUGAGUUAAUUUGUGCCGUCAGUGAAGCGUAAUGACAGUCACGUACACCGCCAGAGUAGCCAACGCUCGCUUCUGCGGCUUCUCCAAACUCCUGCUGGCCUGGAAGGGAAGCAUCUAUAAAGUCCUUUACAAAGAGUUUCUGGCCUUCUUCGCCAUGUACACGGCCAUCAGCAUCACGUACAGAUUCUUCCUUGUGGACGGUCAGAAGAGAUACUUCGAAAAGCUUUCCAUUUACUGCGACAACUACGCCAGCCUCAUCCCAAUGUCUUUUGUUUUAGGGUUUUACGUGACGCUAGUGGUGAACCGCUGGUGGAGUCAGUACACGUCCAUCCCGCUGCCAGACAGAGUGAUGUGUGUUCUGUCGGGUGGUGUUCAGGGCAGUGAUGAGCGCGGACGGCUCCUGCGCCGCACACUGAUGCGCUACAGCAGUCUGUCCGCUCUGCUGAUCCUGCGCUCCGUCAGCACCGCCGUCUUCAAGAGAUUCCCCACCAUAGACCAUGUGGUGGAGGCAGGAUUUAUGACUCGCGAAGAGCGCAAGAAGUUUGAGAGUUUACACUCGCCAUAUAACAAGUACUGGAUCCCGUGUGUGUGGUUCACUAACCUAGCCGCCGCUGCCCGCUGUGAGGGCCGAAUCAAAGACGAUAACACCUACAAGCUUCUGCUGGAGGAGCUAAACAACUUCCGGGGGAAGUGCAGCAUGCUGUUUCACUACGACAUGAUCAGCGUACCGUUGGUCUACACUCAGGUCGUGACUCUGGCGGUCUACAGUUUCUUUCUUGUGUGUCUGAUUGGUCGCCAGUUUCUGGAUCCGGGUCAGGGUUACCCUGGUCAUGACCUUGACCUUUACGUCCCCAUCUUCACUCUCCUGCAGUUCUUUUUCUAUGCGGGCUGGCUGAAGGUGGCAGAGCAGCUCAUUAACCCAUUUGGAGAGGAUGAUGAUGACUUCGAGACCAACUGGCUGAUUGAUAGAAACUUCCAGGUGUCUAUGAUGGCAGUGGAUGAGAUGUAUGGGGAUUUACCCAUGAUGGAGAGAGAUCGCUACUGGAACGACUCCAAUCCUCGUCCACCGUACACUGCCGCAACGCUCUUCGUGCUGCGCAAACCCUCUUUCCAGGGCUCCACCUUCGACAUGACAAUCCCCAAAGAGGAGAUGCAUUUCCAGCCUCUGGAGGACAUUGCUGAAAACCUGGAGGAAUCUGGGACUCGGAAUCACAACCUGGCCCUUUUUAACCGUCUCCUCGGCUCCGCCCCCUCCCCAACAAGCUUCAUGGGUGGAGCUUUACGACGCACCUCCGCCCAGCUGCGCCGAUUGACCCGCUCCGCCAGCACAGACCCGUCGUUCUCCGAGGAAGAGGAUGAGCAGGAUGAGGAAGAGGAGAGCGCAGGCAGGAGCGCAGGAUCCCUGCCAUCAGGACUGGCUCUGGACACCACACAGAGCACCGUCUGCAGCUGUGGAGGACUCUCCAGCCCCCGUCCCGCACUCUCACAGCUCCACUUCUACAGAGAAGAGUCACAGGUGGACAAAACCCCGGCAGAGUCCGGAAGGAAGAGUCCGCUUCAUUUGGGACCCAAAUCUAAUCUUUACUCCUCAAACCGCUCUGUGCCCGACUUCUUCUCAUUUCAGUCUAUCAGUGACCCGGAGAAGGUGUUGACACCGAAAACACAAGCGGUUAAUAAUAAAGCAGAGUCUGGGUUGUCGUUACUCACAGUCCCAUCGCUGAAAGUCUCAGCUUUUCCGGAGAACUCUGAACGAGAAGAAAUGCAGCUGGAUUCAAAAUGGCUGCCUUCGCAAGUGCUGUAAAAUGUAAAUUUUUUUAUUCAAUGUUUGACGUAAUCUCAACUGAAAUAUGAAGAGAGGGAGGGACAUAGUGUAGCUCCGCCUUUUUAAAAAAAACAGCCAAUCGUGUUUUGUUUUAUCACAGCUCUUGCAGUGGGAGUCGUUGAGCUCAGGCACAUCAAAUGAGAAGCAUCUUGAAGGGGGGCGGGGCAUGUCAGAUGCUAGAGAGCAUUUGAUUGGUCAGAAGAUUUGAAGUAUGAGGUCACAGAAAUAAAACCGUUGGUGCAUUUUGGUGGAAGUGACAAACUA